GCAAGCAACCGGGAAUUUUUUAGGAAAUUUCGUCGGGGCCGGCGAAACUCUUUCCCCGAUGACUCAAAGAGGAAAGUGGCGGGUAUAGCUCCGUGCUUAGUCAUGAUCCGACGUUACCCACCUACCACUUGCAGUAAAAGCUCGCGUUUGGAGCUCAGGCCCAUUCACGUUAAGUACACUUCACGACACGCCUCGCACGUCUCUCUUCGUCUCCGAGCCCUGCACGGAUGGAUGCAGGAGGCGAGCAGGCAGCCCACAGGAGCACUCUUCUCAGCAGCUGCAAGGCCUGCAGGCUUCCGAACCAACUCAUCGGCUUUCGAAUCAUGCUGGCUGAGACAGUGUUCUCGUCCGAGGCUGACUGGACUUCAGUUCUCGCGAACCAACGCGUUUAUACCGCCUCUUUGGGGCGUUUCCAUGCGGGGAUUCUCACGCUCGCAAUUGUGGAGCUGUGAGACAUGGGGACCCUCACAAAGUCUUUUUCCUUUUCUUUUUGCCUUUGUUCAUCUUUCCACACGUCUGCAUGACAUGUGGAGCCUUGCUGGAUCUACACCGUAAAGGCGCCAUCCGUCCCAUAGAGCAAAGGCUGGAACCAAGCCUUAAUAAUGAGUCCGGUGGUACCGGUAUCUUCAUCCAAGUAUUUAAAACUCGGCUCUGCAUGUCAUCAGCUGUCUCGAUGAGAUUACGAAGAAAUCUCCAGAGAGGAUGCUGAGGACAUCUCGACAAGGCCCAGCUUCUUUCAUGAAGGAAGAAGAUAGGUUGCGCAUCUGCCCAUGUCCCAGCGGGAUAUCUGUUCAAAAGGACACAUCGGACAACAGAGCCUAGAGCAGGUCAAAUUCCGGGUUCCCCUCGAUCAAAUCAAUA